AAUAUAAAAUUUUAGAAUAGGAAUAAUAAAUUUAUUUUACAAAUGGAUUCGUUAGGUGAUGAUAGUCCCCUCACAAGUAGUCAAAAAGAUGAUUUAAUGGAAAAAAUAAAACAAGAAAUUGCCUUAGCAAAUUUUCAAGAAUUGUUAUCGAAAAUUACAGAUAAAUGUUUUAAAUUUUGUAUUCAAAAACCAGGUACAAGUCUUGAUAAUUCAGAACAGAAAUGUGUAGCAAUGUGUAUGGAUCGAUACUUAGAUUCCUACAAUAUAGUGUUAAAAGCAUAUACUAAUCGAAUACAGAAAGAACGUAUUGAAAAAUAGAUAGAAAUUAUUUUUUAGUUAAAUAUUAUGAAAUGAUAUUUUAUACAAAGA